AUGGCCAGUUCAAAGGAUAGUUCCAACGUCUCUCCCAGCAACAUUAUCGAGCCGACUAUGGAGACUCUAUCGGCUGAGGAUCAGCGAGAGUUCGAGGAGCACAAGGACUCGCGUACUCCUCUUCCUCACCAACUCCACCCCCCCCCCCCCCCCCCCCCCCCGCUGGCCCCGCCUUCGCGUCCUCCCGCUCUCAGUGUGGAGUUCUACUGCUACUCAGGCUCCUUGUUCUCCUACUCUGGCGCGUCGACGAGGUCGUGCGUUUCCAACUCGGCACAGCGCGGUCGCCCCGUAGACCCCCUACGCGUACUCUCUGUCGUCGCCUCCCUCCGUCGCAUCGACCCUAUGGUGCUAGUUGAGGUCACAAGAGUGCUAUUCCAUACCAACACAGAGAAGAAGCGAAAGGGCGUGUGGAUUGAGAUUAACAGCGAUGGUGACGACGACCAGAGCGAGAGGAGCAAUGACGUGGCCAGCGAGGGGAGCACCAUCACGGCCGUCGCGUCCGCGGGCUCCAUGGCCACGUCGGGGAGAUACCGCUGGGCUCCGUGGGUGGGUUGUGCUACUGGUGGUAAGGGCCCAAGGAGGGCGAAGGUGAUCAGGCGGUGGUUUUCGCAGACGCAAGCUGGGCCAGCGACGGAGAACGAUAUCCGCGUCAUCGUCGACGACAACUCCGGCACGAGCAAAGCGAUAUGAUGGUUGUGUCCGCCACCGGGCAGGUAACUAGGUAGGACCGUAGGAGAUUGAUUCAUCACCAUCCGAUCUCAUGGCUACGGCUAAGAUUAAAACUUAGGAUGUUGUUUUGGGUUUUUUAUCGGGGUCGUGGGCUUUGAAUCCAAGGGCUCAGAUGCGACCAGAUUGGGGCCAUUGGAUCUUCAAGUAACGAUUAUGAUCGGAUUGGGGUUAAU